ACGAGAGACGUGCACAAAACGCACGGAGCCGCGCGCGAAACUUUGCACAAUGGCGGGAAAAUGAUCACUUUCUAACCAAACCUAUUCUAUCAUCAGUUAAUAAAAAUAGACAAGUUACUAGUAAUGUGCAUAUUAAAUUGAAGUUAUGUUGUGUUGAAUGUUGAUAAAAAAAUUGAAAAUGGUGAAAAUAUUCACAUGGGCAAUGUGGCACUGGUGUUGGUAUAUAUUAAUAACAUCGUUCGAUAAUUCCCGAGGAGAGAUAUUCACAUUGGGAUAUCUGACCGGCUCUCAGAGACGUCCAGGCGACUUUACUUAUGAAAGACCAGGACGAGUCAUAUCAGGGGCAAUUUCCAUGGCUGUCGACGAAGUGAACGAGAAAUUACUCGGACCGAUGGGACAUUCUUUGGAAUUCAUCGUCGCUGAGACUUACGGUCAAGAAGAAGUUUCUAUAAAACAGGUGGCUGCGUUGUGGGCGUCCAAUGUAUCCGCGUUCAUUGGUCCGCAGGAGACGUGCGUGCAUGAGGGCCGCAUGGCCGCCGCCUUCAACCUUCCCAUGGUCAGCUACUUCUGUCGCGAUGUGGCGAGCUUCACACACAAGCGGGACUACGCAACGUUCGCGCGCACCCGGCCUUCCGACAUAGACAUCUCGCGCGCCGUCGUCGCAGCCCUCACGCACUUCCAAUUCAUGCAUAUUUGUGUCGUGUACCUAUGUGCUCCAAACCAUGACUACACUCGACUCGCGAAGGCUAUCAUAAAGGCAGCUAAGGAUAGACAGAUAACAGUACUAUCAGCGAGAGCGUACAAUCAGCCGUAUUUCUACGAGAAUAUUAAAGAAAACGUCACCCGCAAUCCUUUUAUAGACGUUGUUAGAGAAACUUACAAAACUACAAGAAUUUACGUGUCUGUGGGUCUCUACCACGAUCACAUCGGACUUAUGCUGGCCCUGGAUUCUUUCAAACUAUUAGAUUCAGGUGAGUACGCGGCAAUCGGUGUAGACGUGGACAAGUACGAAGCUGAGGAAGCCAUCCGCUAUCUCUCUGGGCCUCUGCGCAAUGAACCAUCUUCAAGAACCCUACAUGCAUUUCGUUCAUACCUUGCCGUGGCUCCGUCGCCUUCGCCGUCGUACCCUGCCUUCGCGAGGGAAGUUAACACGAGACUCCAACUACCACCGUUUAACUUCACAAAUCCAUUACUGAAAUUGGGAGGUGGGAAAGUGAUUCGUGUAGAAGCAGCGUGGCUCCACGACGCCGUGUGGGUGUACGCGCGGGCGCUCGCCACCGCUCUUAGCAUUGGAGAGGACCCGCGGGACGGCAGAGCUUUGGUGCAGUACAUUAGGAACACCACCUACCGCAGCGUCAUGGGAUAUUGGGUGCAUAUGGAUGAGAAUGGUGACGCUGAGGGUAACUACACAUUGCUAUCAAUGGACCCCGACAGACCGCCAGGACUCUACCCGCUUGCAGUCAUGCACAAGAACGCACCGGAAUUGAGAUUCAUGCGGGAAAUGAAAUGGCCGGGCGGUCGGCUGCCUCUCUCCGAGCCGCCGUGCGGAUUUAAGGGAGAAAAGUGCGUUAGUCACGUAGGCGCAUGGGCACUAGGAGCGUCGGGUGGUACUCUGGCAUUGCUGGCGUUGGCCGCACUGGCGCUGUACCGCGGUUGGCGAUACGAGCAGGAGCUGGACUCUCUACUAUGGAAGAUUGACUUUCGUGACCUCCACCUACCCGAUGACGAACAAACUGACAACAAACUGAAUAGCAAUGCUGCCGUGAACAACAAUUCGUCCAACAACAUGAUCGGGAGCUGUGAGAAGGGCGGAGGUGGUGGUGGGGGCGGGGGCAGCACUGGGGGUGCGCGUUCCAGCCAGGUCUCGCUCAGCUCCAACCCCGAUCUGGACUUCCGUUACUCCGCCAUCUUCACCGAGGUCGCCUUCUAUCGCGGCCGUCUGCUCGCCGUCAAGCGUGUGCGCAGGCAGCACAUCGAUAUUAACAGAGAAAUUAAGAAAGAACUUAAAAUUAUGCGGGACUUGCAACACGACAAUCUGAACGGUUUCGUCGGCGCGUGCAUCGAGCCGCCGAACAUUUGCUCUCUUUCUGAAUAUUGUACCAGGGGAAGCUUGAAAGAUAUCUUAGAAAAUGAGGACAUCAAGUUGGACAACAUGUUUAUCGCGUCGCUCGUUGGAGAUAUAAUCAGGGGCAUGAUAUUUAUCCACGAAUCUCCGCUGCAAUAUCACGGUGCUCUGCGACCCUCAAACUGCCUCGUUGACGCGCGCUGGGUUGUCAAGCUGGCGGACUUCGGACUCCGGGAAUUUAGGAGAGGGGAACUACCGCCCUCGGAACCUGGUGCACUUCGAGCACAUAUUGAAGGUCUGCUGUAUUUGUCGCCCGAGCUGCUCCGCGCUGCGGGCUGGGGGCGAGGCGGGGUGGGAGGUGCGCGGGGCUCCCCGCAGGCGGACGCGUACGCUUUCGGUCUACUGCUGUAUGAACUCCACGCACGUCGCGGCCCCUUCGGCAGCGACGCGCCGCCCGCGCCCUCGCUGCUCCGCCGCCUCGCCGCGCAGGAGACGCCGCCAUUCAGACCUCCACUGGAUGCCUUGUCGGGUCGAUUUGACUGCGUGCGCGAGUGCUGCACCGAGUGCUGGGCGGAGGAGCCCUCGCUGCGGCCAGACUUCAAGGCCAUCCGCGCCCGUCUGCGCCCGCUCAGGAAAGGCAUGAAACCAAAUAUAUUUGAUAAUAUGAUUGCAAUGAUGGAGAAAUAUGCGAACAACCUGGAGGCACUCGUAGACGAACGCACGGACCAGCUGCAGGAGGAGAAAAAGAAAACCGAGGCGUUGCUGGAGGAGAUGCUGCCGGCGCCGGUGGCGGAGCAGCUGAAGCGCGGCCGCCGUGUCAUGCCCGAGAGUUACGACUCUGUGACGAUAUACUUCAGUGACAUUGUCGGCUUCACCGCCAUGUCUGCGGAGAGCACGCCGCUGCAGGUAGUGGAUUUCCUAAAUGAUCUGUACACGUGUUUUGACUCGAUAUUAGAAAAUUUCGACGUCUACAAAGUGGAAACAAUAGGGGAUGCGUACAUGGUGGUGUCGGGGCUGCCGCUGCGAAAUGGCAUAGCGCACGCGGGCGAGGUCGCCUCGAUGGCGCUGGCGCUGCUGGCGGCCACGCGCGCCUUCCGCGUGCGGCACCGCCCCGACCAGCGCCUUCUUCUGCGUGUCGGCAUGCACUCCGGUCCUGUGUGCGCCGGUGUGGUGGGCUUGAAGAUGCCCCGGUACUGUCUGUUCGGCGAUACAGUCAACACUGCCAGUCGAUUUGAGUCCACCGGAGCACCGCUGAAGAUCCACUGCAGCGCGGCCUGCAAAACACUGCUGGACAAGCUGGGCGGCUACAUCCUCGAGGAGCGCGGCAUCGUCUCCAUGAAAGGCAAACGAGACCAGAUGACGUACUGGCUGCGGGGCGAGGAGGCGGGGGCGGCGGCGGAGCGCGCGCGGCGCCGCUCACUGCGGGCACACGCCGCACACGCAGCGCACGUCGCGCACGCCGCACACACCGGCGGGGACGCGCCGCCCGCAGACCGCCGCGGACAGCGCAGCUCACUCAAAACACGUAACUGGAAGAACCAGCUCGGCGGACUGCAUAGGUAA